AUGGCCAAUAAAAGGAAAUCUGAUGAGGAGGAGCAGUUAAAUCAGGAAGUAAAACGGGUAAAAAAGCAACGAAUUUUCAACAUAAACUCUCAUCCAAAGCGAAAAAUUGCUAUCCAAUUCUUUUAUCUUGGUUGGGAACAUGAUGGAUUGGUUCAGCAAACAAACACAGAUAAUACCGUUGAACAGCACCUGAUGACGGCACUGCUUAAAACGCGACUUAUAAGUGAUUGGAAUACCUGCGAAUACUCACGGUGUGGCCGAACCGACAAGGGUGUCUCAGCGUUCCGUCAAACCGCCGCAUUCAUUGUAAGAUCGUGCUGCAAAAACGCUGACAACGCGUUUUGGGAUGAUAGCGUUGACGACGAAACAAAGAAAAAUUAUCCGGAGAAUAAUGAGGAGAUGAAUUACCUCAAAAUGUUGAAUAGUGUCCUCCCGACGACUAUUAGGAUAUUCUCAUGGGCACCAGUGCCAAGAAAAUUCAGCGCUCGUUUCGACUGUAACGGUAGAAUUUACAAGUAUGCGCUGCCAAAAGCGGAUUUGAAUGUUGAGAGAAUGAGAGACGCUGCUUCACGUUUAAUCGGUGAACACAAUUUCUCAAAUUUCUGCCAAAUCGACAUGAACGAAAAGAGAUUGGAGCAGUCAUACACGAGAAAAAUCUACAAGGUUGAGAUUGAAGAGAUUUCAAGAGAUUCGAACAGGCCCGAAUUUGAUAUGCUUGAGGUUACCGUAACCGGAAGCGGAUUCUUGUGGCACAUGAUUCGGUACAUUGUCAGCGUUCUUCAUGAAAUCGGAAGGGGCAAUGAGGAACCGGAACUGGUCACGCAGAUGCUGGAUUUGAACAUGUUCCCAAGUCGCCCGCAAUAUUAUAUGGCGUCAAAUACUCCAUUGUGCCUUUUUGACAACAAGUAUGAUAAUUGUGAUAUUCAAUGGAAUACGGAUGAGACACAACUCAAUAUUGCAAUUAUUGCGGUGCAAAAGCAGUGGGCCGCGUUUCAAGCAAGAAGCCGGAUGAUGGAAAAUAUGCUUGGAGAGCUUACGUCGAUGCAUCCAAAUUUGGAAACCACAAAAGGUCUUCAUGAAUUCAUCCAGGAUCGGCCCAUCUCAUCAAAUUAUGCGAAGUUCGUUGACCGACCUAGAUGUGCAACUUUGCAGGCAAAACGGGAAAGAUUGGCCGAAAUGAAAAAAGCGACCAAUUGA